AUUCGGACUUAGGUGGUAAAUAUGGCUCGUUUGGCAGAUGUCAGCUGGAAGGUUUUGGAGUUCAGGGCCAGAUCAAAACGUUCAGUUUAGAGUAAAGGGAUUUAUGCUAUUCCGAAUUUAAUGAAAAUGGCAAACUGUGGAGAUGAAAGGCCCUACUCAGCACGUAAUCUGUCAAACUUUGGCUCAGUGUAUGAACCUUUGAAAAGCAUUAAUCUACCAAGGGCAAAUGGCGAAAGCCUCUGGGAUAAACUAGACAGAUACUACAGUGCAGUUAAAUCAACUGUGCUCAACUACCAAAGUGCUACCACUGGCCUUUUCCCCAUCAAAACUUAUUCUGACUGUAAAGAAGCAAAAGUCAGAGACAGUUUGUAUUGUGCUGCCAGUUCCUGGGCCUUGGCACUUGCUUACAGGCGCAUUGAUGACGAUAAAGGAAGGACACAUGAACUUGAACACUGCGCUAUUAAAUGUAUGAGAGGAAUUCUCUACUGUUACAUGCGCCAAGCUGAUAAGGUAGAACAGUUUAAGCAAGAUCCAAGUCCUUUAAAAUGUCUGCAUUCUGCCUUCAAUGUUCACACAGGAGAUGAAUUGCUAAACUAUGAUACAUAUGGCCAUCUCCAGAUUGAUGCCUUAUCACUUUUCUUGCUUUAUCUGGUAGAAAUGAUUUCAUCUGGAUUGCAGAUUAUUUACAAUACAGAUGAGGUUUCUUUUAUACAAAAUCUUGUAUUCUGUUUGGAAAGAUCUUAUCGCGUUCCAGAUUUUGGAAUGUGGGAAAGAGGAAGCAAAUAUAACAAUGGAAGUACAGAGCUUCAUUCUAGCUCUGUAGGUUUGGCCAAAGCAGCCCUAGAAGCAAUAAAUGGGUUCAAUCUCUUUGGAAACCAGGGCUGCUCCUGGUCAGUUAUUUUUGUAGAUCUCGAUGCCCACAACAGAAACAGACAGACACUUUGUUCAUUGCUUCCAAGAGAAUCACGAUCACAUAAUACAGAUUCUUCUCUUUUACCAUGUAUUGGAUAUCCUGCUUUUGCUGUAGAUGAUGAUGCACUGUACAAUCAGACUUUAGACAAAAUUGUUCGGAAGCUAAAGGGAAAAUACGGAUUCAAACGAUUCCUUCGAGAUGGCUACAGAACUGCUCGGGAAGAUAAAAACAGGCGGUAUUACAAACCUGCUGAAAUUAAGCUAUUUGAUGGAAUCGAGUGUGAAUUUCCAUUGUUUUAUAUCUUCAUGAUUAUAGAUGGAGUUUUCCGUGGACAAUCAGAGCAAGUAAAAGAGUAUGAAGGAUUACUGGAUGCUGUUAUUUUUCGUUCAAGUGAAGGACAUGCUAUUAUACCAAAGUAUUAUUAUGUCCCAGCUGACUUUGUAGAGGCAGAGCAGAAGAGUCAUGGGAGCCAAAAGCGCUUUCCAAGCAACACUGGCCGUGAUGGAAGGCUUUUCCUUUGGGGUCAGUCUCUCUAUAUCAUUGCAAAACUGUUGGUUGAAGGCCUUCUAAGUCCAAAAGACAUUGAUCCAGUUAGGCGCUACAUACCUCCAGAAGAUCAACGAAAUGUGAGCAUGAGGUACUCCAAUCAGGGUCCCCUUGAAAAUGACGUUGUUAUUCAUGUGGCUCUUAUUGCAGAAAGUCAACGCUUACAGGUUUUUUUGAAUACUUAUGGGAUACAGACCCAGACACCUCAACAAGUUGAACCCAUACAAAUAUGGCCUCAGCAGGAGCUAGUUAAGGCAUAUCGUCAUCUUGCAGUAAAUCAAAAGCUGGGAUUGUCUGGACGACCAGAAAGACCUGUUGGCUGUAUUGGAACAUCUAAGAUUUAUAGAAUUCUUGGAAAGACAGUAGUCUGCUACCCAAUUGUCUUUGAUUUAAGUGACUUCUACAUGUCCCAAGAUGUCAUGUUGCUGAUUGAUGAUAUCAAGAAUGCAUUGCAGUUUAUCAAACAGUAUUGGAGAAUGCAUGGACGCCCCCUUUUUCUGGUUCUGAUUCGGGAAGAUAACAUAAGGGGCAGUCGGUUUAAUCCAAUUUUAGACAUGCUUGCUUCCUUCAAAAAGGGAAAUAUUGGAGGAGUCAAGGUUCAUGUUGACCGAUUACAGACAUUAAUAUCUGGAGCAAUUGUAGAACAACUGGAUUUUCUUCGCAUUAAUGAAACAGAGGAACUUCCAGAAUUUAAAAGUUUUGAAGAGCUAGAAAUGCCCAAGCACUCCAAAGUCAAACGACAAACAAGCACACCCAAUGCUUCUGACCUUGAGCAGCAGCCGGAAAUUAAUAUCAAUGACUGGAAACAAGCAUCCAUACAUGAGAUACUUCAGAAGCUUAAUGAUUGUAACUGUCUUGCAAGUCAAGCACUUCUUGCUAGCAUACUGUUGAAAAGAGAAGGUCCUCAUUUCUUAACUAAAGAAGGCACUGUUUUGGAUCUCCUUGAGAGAAUUUAUAGAAGAGCAGGAACAAGAAAACUUUGGCUGACUGUACGAUAUGCUGCUGCAUUUACAAAGAGACUUGCCUCCUCUAUAGCCCCACAUAUUACCACUUUGGUGGUUCAUGGCAAGCAGGUUACCCUUGGUGCUUUUGGUCAUAAGGAGGAGGUAAUUUCUAAUCCUUUGUCUCCUGGAGUUAUUAAGGACAUAGUUUACAGCACGUGCUGCCCGUAUGAUGAGCGAGAAGCUGUCCUUCAACAAGAGCUUGUAAUUCAUAUUGGCUGGAUAAUCUCCAACACUCCAGAACUCUUUAGUGGCAUGCUAAAGAUUCGUAUUGGAUGGAUCAUCCAUGCAAUGAAACAUGAACUAAAAAUUAGAGCAGGAGAAAUGCCAGCCAAAGACCUGUACCAGCUGUCACCCAGUGAAGUAAAGCAGCUUCUCCUAGAUGUUCUACAGCCACAGCAGGCAGGAAGGUCCUGGUUAAAUAAACGCCAAAUAGAUGGAUCUCUCAACAGAACUCCCUUAGGUUUUUAUGACAGAAUUUGGCAAAUUUUAGAGAGGACUCCAGAUGGCAUCAUGGUAGCUGGCACUCAUCUCCCACAGCAACCUACUCUGUCAGAUAUGACAAUGUAUGAGAUGAACUUUUCUCUGCUGGUUGAAGAUAUGCUAAAGAACAUCAUCCAGCCAGAAUACAGACAGAUUAUUGUUGAGUUACUGAUGGUUGUAUCCAUUGUCCUGGAAAGAAACCCUGAACUGGAGUUUCAAAAUAAGGUGGACCUGGAUAAACUAGUUAAGGAGGCAUUUAAUGACUUUCAGAAGGACAGAAGCCGACUAGAUGGGAUAGAAAAAGGGGAUGAUAUGACUUCAUUAUACAAUACGGCUCCACUGGGAAAAAGAGGAACCUCAAGCUAUUUGACAAAGGCAGUGAUGAAUGCUUUGCUUGAGGGCGAGAUCAAACCAAGUAAUGAUGACCCAUGUACUGUCAGCUAAAUAAAACGUACAUCUGAAGAUCUUUCAAUUGCAGGAAAACUCUGCAGGUGAAAUGUGUGAGAUGUAAUAUUGUAGAACUCUGAAGUGUUAAAGUAGCUUGAUCUUGGCUGUUUUGUCAGUAUGGAAAUUAUGUUAUUUAAAAAUGCUAAAAUGUUUUGUUUAAAACAGCCAGGGGUACUUGAUAGAAAACACUUGAAGAGCAAUUGAAUAAAUUAUAACUGUUUAGAACUGGAUAAUCUCAUUAACAUCUAUAUACUGAUUACUUCCUCAUGCCAAUCACAGAGUUAUAAUGAAAUAUGAAAACACAAAUAUAUAACCAGAUAAAAAUUUAAAUGUUUUAUUUUUUAUUUUAUCAUAUUUAUAGUCCAGGAUAAAAAAACAUAUAUAAAGGCAGUUGUUUACAAUUUUUGCCCAUUAUUUGAAUAGCAAUUUUAACUCUUAACAUUCUGUGGUUGAAAAGAAGUAGUUUUAUUCAUCAAUUUAUGCUGAUCAUGUUAUUGUUGUAGAACCAUGAACCAUAGUACAGUAUCACACUUAUUAAUCAUUUGAUGGUAUUAAAUAGAAUUUCUCCAAAUGUAGUUUCCAUGUGUUACUUGUGCUUACACACAUGCUUUAUAUUUGUUUUUUAUAAAAGCCUGUUUUUCAGUCACAAUUCCAUGCCACAGACUUUACUAUAAUUAUGAUAAAGGCAUAUUUUAAGCUUCUUGUGAAGUUCUUUGUAUUUAGUUGAUUGAAGGGUUUCCAGAGUCUGAUGUGCAAGCUUGAAGAUUUAUGAUAGUUUUUAAUGUUCCUGGAAAUAUAGAACAACCCUGAAAAAUAAGUAGUAGGCUUGAAGCUCUAUCAUAGUUAAUUGGCAUUAGCAUUACUUUUUGACAGAUUUGACCAGAUUUAGAACAUCUGAUGAAAAGGAGCACAUGAAUGAAAUCUUGACAGCUUAAAUAUCUCUAUAUUACAGUCUGUUCUUCCGUAACAUCUGUUACCAGUGAAUGAUAAAACACGUCAGCAUUUCAUAUGAAAAGCCUUUAUCCGAACAAAAGCAACUUACUGAAAUCAGAGACAUUUUCUGGAAAUUUACUUGUAUAUGAAUCAUUUGAAAAAUGUAAAAUAAAGUAGAUAAAUAAGGUUUUCGAAAACUACGUCGAAAUCAGAGUAUUUUGAGAAUUUACCUCUUUUUCAGAAUUAACCAUGUAAGUGUCAUGAUGAGUAUGAUCUUGUUCAUGUUCUUGUGAUUAAAAUUCAUCAGUGCUGACAGAAUUAUACAAGUUGAAAACAGUAAACUUAAAAUGAUUGUAGAUUUUCUAAAUGUAAAAGACAAUUGUAUGGAAUUAUUUAUUACAACUUUAUUGUCAGAUAUAGCCUCAUUGAUAAAGAAAGACUGUAGGUUUAUUGUAUCAGUUUUUUCCUUCUCUAGCAAGAUCAUUUUUAAAUCAUGUAUAUUGUUCUGUUAGAAUAGGGUCUUGUAUAAUGCAUUUGGUUUGGAAUAAAAAGAAUGUAUGCAGGUUUGUGCAUAAAUAAACUUAUUCAGAACUUA